CUGAAUGUGUGUGUCUCUAUACAUCCAUCUAUCCAUAAAGGCAAUUGGCAGCCAGCCAGACGGACGCACAUCAGUACGGGAAAAACAUAAGGAAGACAUCCGUGUGCCCACAUCAAGACGAGAAAAGAAAUAUGACGAAAGUCAAGCGUAUCCAGCCAGCCAGCCAGACAGCCAACCAGACAGCCAGACAUCCAAACUAAAGGGCACCGCUUUUUCAGGACGGCAAAGCACACGCCGGCACACUCAUGGAUGUGUGUGAGUGUAUAUCGAUAUUGCGUGCGGGCCUGUCCAUCCAUCCAUCGCAUCUAUCGUAUGUAGGUAAGCUGGCUACAAAUCCCCUUUGUAGACUGUUGUUGCUUUGUUCAUGGCUUUGAUCAUGUCUUUGAUUGCGUCGGGGUCGACGUAACAAUGCAUCCCGGACAGGUCGUAUGUCCCCGUGAUGAUGGCGUCGCCAAUGGAGAUGCCAAAAAACUGCGCCGCUGACGGGAGACAGGCAGACACACAGGCAGCACAAAGAGACGAGUGGAUACCUGUGCGCGGCAUUGUCCCUCUCUCCUUCUGUCAACCUUCAAGUGUGGGGGCCUUCCGGCACUGAAUGACAGGAUGGACACGCACAUACGACAGGACCGUACACACACAUGACAGGACCGUACACAUGAUGGACACACGUCGGCUUGCUUACGAUUUCGUCGGCAAUGCCCUUGCUGAAGCAGAGGCCGGCAUGGGGCUUGAGUUCCUGACGCCGUGCCGUUCCUUUAAAGUAGUAGGUUUUCCAAGCACGCCCCGUCUUCUCGGCCACGCACACGUGGGUGACCUGGCCGUCCUCUGCGAGUGGGCAGCCGCCCACCCUGUAGUCCCACGCUUUCGUCAUGUAGACUGUGCAAGUGAUAUCCCUGCCUGCAUGACGCCAGCCAGAAGGAAAAACACAGAUAGAUGGACGGAUGGAUGGAUGGAUGGAGAAAUGGGUGGAUGGUCCUGAGAUGCGCACCAUUACUAGGCUGACGUGCGAGGGCGCUGUCGAGGGAUUCAACGGCAGCGACGCUGAUCUCGUGGGCGGCGGUGGAGAGUUGGUGGGCGUGGUCGAGCUGCUGCUGGAUGAACGCUAACUCUGCAAUGCCAUACACACAAAUGCAUUCAUUGAUUGUGUUGUGUUGCUCUCGCGUACUUACCCUGGGAAGCCGCUUCCGUGCUGUCGGUCUUAUCAGCCGACUUGAGGGCCAGAAAGCGCGUCGGCGACACUGCAUGCAGCCAUCAUCCACACACAUCAGCUGCAUCGCAUGGUGUUGUGUUGUCGGUUGCUAACGUACCAUCAGCAGCGCUUUGUGUGUUGGAGGGAAUCGCUGCGGCCAUGAGACCGACAGCCAGCAGCGCCAUACACAGCACCAACGGCAUCUUCUUACGAGCAGACACCACCGUCGGACUCCCUUAUCGUUGCCUGCGGGCGAAACAACAAGGAAC